AUGGGAAAUAAACAAAGUGUAUUUACUGAAGAGCAGCUAGAUGAAUACCAGGAUUGUACAGUCUUUACAAAGAAAGACAUAAUGAGAUUAUAUCAAAGAUUCCAUGCAUUGGCACUGCAGAAUAUUCCUUGCCACUGUAAUAAUAGAGAAGAUAUCAAAAUACCUCUACAACUCAUUACUGAGAUGCCAGAACUAAAGGAAAACCCCUUUCACCAAAAGAUCCUUCAAGUGUUUUCAGAGGAUGACCAGGGGUUCAUGACAUUUAACGAAUUUCUAAAUAUGUUCUCUGCCUUAAGCAAUCUGGCAUCUAACAAUUUAAAAGCAUAUUAUGCAUUUAAAAUUUACGACUUCAACAGUGAUAACUUCAUUUGCCAAUCUGAUCUGGAGGUAAUGCUCAACAAGCUUACAAACAAGGAGCUGUCAGAUGAAGAAAUUCAAUUGGUGUGCAGCAAAAUCAUGGAGGAAGGAGACCUGGAUGGUGAUGGGAAACUUUCCUUAGCUGACUUUGAAUAUAUGAUCACCCGUGCCCCAGAUUUUGUGAGCACUUUCCAUAUUAGGAUCUGAAGCACGAACAUUGCGCAAGCGAGGUAUUGGUCAGCAUACAUUAGCGCCCUUAUAUUUAAUGCAACUCUGUUAUUCUGCUGCAGAAAAUUCCAUAAACGCAACCCAAGACAAAAACUCGAUUAUAUAUGUCUAAUAUUUUCUAUUAAAUGCCAGUCUUUGUAAUUAAUCACUCGAUUGUGAGUUUUCCAAGGUGUCAUUCCACAGAAAAUAGCCCCAACAGGAUGCAGUCUUAUUUAUAAUAGUUCCUUAGGCUAGACGAAAGACACUUUAAAGUGCAUGUUUCAGGCAGCGUUGGAGAUUUCUUCCUCGUCUUGUUGUAGUGUUCAAUUUGAAUACUAAUUAGAGGCACCUGUAACCAGUUAUUGUGCUGAGAAAACCACCCUGAAAUUAUUAGCAAUGCGAUGUGGCAAACCUUCAAAUAUGAUUCAAUAUGUACUGUCCACAUUGAAUGAGAAUUUUCACAUGCACAAUUUGAAAAUAUAAAUGCUCAUUGGGGAGAUUUUGUUUGAAAGAAGAUCAUCCUCUAUUAUUAAACUUUUAUGUCUGGUACACCUUUCACUAAAUGUUGAUUUCUCCAUCCUGUGCACUACUCCUCAAGAGGAAGGAAAGGCAAAAUUCUCCCUAUCUCCAAAAUGUUGUUUCAAAACUAACUGAGAAUAUGUAAUACAUUUUAGUCAAAUGAAAUGAGAGCAUCUUAUUUUCUAUUUGUAAAUUUUGUUGAUGUGUUAAUGGAUUCUAGCCGCACCAAUCCAUUUUGUUCACUAUUAUUAAAAUCAUAUAGAGAAAUGCAUUUAGCCCUUAUUGCACCAGUCCUUAAUGUGUUAAUAUAAUCUGAAACUGUUGGGGGAGGUUGUUUAGCUUCCCCAACUUGUCCAAUCUGCAGUGAACUAAUUGUUAUGUUUAGAUGACUACAACUGUGCGGACCAACUGGCUGGAGUUUUUACGGACAUUUUCAACCUCUCACUUCUGAGGUCUGAGGUCCCCACCUGCUUUAAAAGGGCAUCAAUUAUACCGGUGCCCAAGAAGAGUAAGGUGACGUGCCUCAAUGACUAUUGACCAAUGGCACUAACGCCGGCGGUGAUGAAGUGCUUUGAGAGGUUGAUCAUGGAGCAAAUCA